AUGAAGGGAUCAAUUCAUGAUUCCGGGCUUUGUAUUCUUGUUUUCUUCUUGAUUGCAUUCACAACUUUGACUUCCUGCCUUCCUACUACUACUGAUCAUGAUCAGUUCUACUCGAUCAUAGCAAACACGAAUGAUCUUGAUUUAGAAGAUCAAAGGGUCGUCCAUCAAUUAUUCCAAGAAUGGAAGGUGUAUCACGGGAAAGUGUACGAGGAUUCCCUUGAGUCGGAGUCAAGGUUUCGGGUUUUUCGGGAGAAUUUAAAGUAUGUAAUGAAGAAGAAUUCGGCCAGGAAAUCUGCUAGGCAGCAUUUCUUGGGAUUGAACAAGUUUGCUGAUUUGACGAAUCAAGAAUUCGUGAACAAGUACACAUCCAAAAUUAAGAAUGUCAGGAGACAGCCAAGGAAAAAAACCAUGGGGAUUUCUUGUAAGACUCCAUCUUUCUUGGAUUGGAGGAAACGCGGAGUUGUGACUGGUGUCAAGGACCAAGGACAAUGUGGAAGUUGCUGGGCAUUUUCAUCAACAGGAGCCAUGGAAGGAGCAAAUGCAAUAGCCACUGGAGACCUAAUAAGCCUAUCAGAGCAAGAACUUGUGGAUUGUGACGCCACAAACGAUGGCUGUGAUGGCGGAUCAAUGGAUUAUGCUUUCGAGUGGGUGAUCACCAAUGGAGGGAUUGAUACUGAAUCUAAUUACCCUUACAUUGGCUCAGAUGGCACCUGCAAUGCCACCAAAGAAGAAAGGAAGAUUGUGAGUAUUGAUGACUACACAGAUGUGGCAGAGGAUGAUAAUGCCCUGCUUUGUGCUGUUAUCAAGCAACCUGUUAGCGUUGGAAUUGAUGGUUCUGCGAUUGAUUUUCAGCUAUAUACAGGGGGGAUCUAUGAUGGCGAAUGCUCGAAUAAUCCGAAUGAUAUAGAUCAUGCAGUAUUGAUUGUUGGGUAUGGUAGUGAAGGUGGUGAGGACUAUUGGAUUGUGAAGAAUUCAUGGGGAACUUCAUGGGGAAUGGAGGGCUAUGUUUACAUUAGAAGGAAGUCUGAUUUAGAAUAUGGUGUUUGUGCAAUAAAUGCUAUGGCUUCUUAUCCAAUUAAAAGUGGCGGUUCUUCAGCGCCGCCGCCUAAUCCACCACCAUCACCGCCAGUAUAUCCUUCGCCGCCACCUCCACCAUCACCGCCUUCGCCUCCGUCAGGUGAUUGUGGACAGUACUCUUACUGCGCCUCAGAUGAGACUUGCUGUUGUCUGGUUCAAUUCUCAGGCUUGUGCUUGGUACAAGGUUGCUGUGAGUAUGAGAAUGGUGUUUGUUGUAAUGGCACUGAUUACUGCUGUCCCAGUGAUUAUCCAAUUUGUGAUGUUCACGACGGCCUGUGUCUCAUGAAUGUUGGUGACUUGCUUGGAGUGGUUGCAAAGAAGAGAAAAAUGGCCAAGUAUAAAUUUCCUUCGAACAAAUUCAAUGAAGCCAAACAGGAUAUCCAACCUAGUCAACGGAAGCAGAAUCAAUUGGCUUCGUCCAGCUGA